CGAUCUCCGUUCAAACGAUACGAGUUAGCAAGGUAAAGUAAACGAAUGGGGGGUCCCGAUGAAGGGAAAGAGGAAAAGGAGUAAAGGCGUGAAUCGGUCAGUCGAGCCGAUGGCUAAUUAGUUCUCGUCCACGCUUCUAAGGCUGCCCUCUCUUCUUACGUUGCACCGUUGUUCCGUCCAUCGUGCGCUCAAUUAGAGGUUAACCAAUUAACGAACGCACCGUUCCGCAAAGGGCUCGGCGCAGCUGGCGCCUAACCUCUUUGGCCUACGCUUCACUUCCUUCCGUUCGCGGUCGUACCACACCGAUUCCAUCGAAAUAAUUUUUCCAAAAGUUAAAAAGAUCGAGAACAUGCCUGUAUUCCUUCGGUCAUUCUGUACCGUAAUUGGUCCGCUGAUUGAACGAUUUCGAUUGGACGAUUUCGAAUAAAAGCGCACGAGGCCGCACGUGUAGAGGGCGGCCCUCUCGACAAUUAGUCACGUUGCGCGAGACGACUCGUCGCUUCAAGAGCUUUCGAAACUCUUUCAUCCAUCCACUUAUAUUUUUCGAAUCUAGAUCGAAGAAAUUCCUUGAGAAAUAUCGCGAACGGAAUAUCGGGACAGUUUGGAAGAGUGGCAAUCGGUUCGGUAGCACGUGUCGCGCCAUAUGUCGUGGCAGCACGCGUCCAGGCAGUGUUCGAAACUCGCCUCGAAACUCGUUCGAAUACGAGUGAAAUGAUAUUUGGAACGAAUUACAUUGGCAUGCAUCGUUGCCUUGGAUCGUUAACAACCGCCGAGCUGUUUCGCGAUUAAACGCCAUCGGCUAAUUGCGACUAGUUUAGCGUAGUUAGUGGUGAUCGAUUAUUAAUUCCACGGAAUAUUCGACAUAAAUUCUUGCUCGACGUGUCUUCUAGGCUAUGCAAUGGGGGACACGUCUGCUCUCCUCCAAAAGAGUGCUGUUCCUUUGGCUGUUGUUACACAGUAUUUCAACUGCACUCUGCAUCAGACAUGUUUAAUUUCUUGAUUUGGACUUAUUGGUAUUUAUGGGCAGCAGUGCUUGUCGGAUUGGCUAUAGCAGCAGCAUGUGGCUGUUGGUUAUGGAAACGUCAUCAUUCAUUUCGUCAUCGUUCAUGGUCUCCAGAAAUAGUAGAAGAUUUUACUUCCUCCGAUAGAGGAUCUUCAGUAUCCUGGUACUCACCACCUCGUUAUAGUCGUUCUGGUUCCUUUGUUCAAGCAUUACCACCUCCGUACAAUGAGGUUACAGCCAAACCAAACCUAUAUCCUUUAGUCAUUGGAUACGAUGAAGGAUCUGGUAAAGGAACUUCAGGAUUUGUAAUGCGUUAUUUUAGAUCACUCUCACAUGCAAGCACAUUAGAUUCGUUAGGUUCAAGUUUUAUGUGUAAUAUGGUGAACGAGGCAAAUACCAUAAUUCCACCACCGUAUUCGUGUAACAAUAGCGUUGACGAGUUGUCCGCAGUGGAAUGUGCAAGAAUGGAAAAUAUGGAUGUUGGAUCCGUUGUAUCAUUGGCUAAUCAUAGGACUACCUCUGACAUAUCGAGUUUAGCUGCUCAAUCUCCGUGUUCACCACCACGGGCUACUAGUCCAACAAUAGAGUUACGUGAAUUGUUAGAUAAAAUUCAACAAUUACCCCAAUUACCGGGUGGACACAGUACUGUAUUGUCUUGUUAUCAAAAUCGACCUCAAGUUUUGUGUACAUCGAAUGCAAAUGGCUCUACGCAACGGCCUCUAAGUCCGGGUGAUAUUGGGUCUUAUAAAACUAGACGGACGCGAGGAAAAAUGUACAUGCCAUUAGGACUUCCAAGUUCGAAGAACAAGACUAGACGAUGGCUAUCGCGAUCAGCACCGACAACACCUUCGGGUACUAUACCAAUGUCUUUUUUGCCCGGACAAACUAGACGACCUUCAGAAACGGAUAAUAAUAAUCGGCAAGUAGUUCCUUUGCUUUCGGAACAAGAUGAAACGGAAAGCAAUAACGUAGAUCAGAUGAACAACAUUCCAUUAUUGUCUGAACAAGAAGAAGAUCGACAACAAACAUGACGAUACGUUUAACGAUGUGUGUUUGUGCUUAUAUAAGGAAAAAAAGAACCUAUUCCGAAUAAUUAAUUAACUUUAAAUAAGUGCUAUAUUUUUAAUAUGGCUGGUAAACUCCUUAUUAUCAUUAACUUUGUACGAAAUGUUAUCACGUUUGAAAUUUACAGCAAUUAAUUUCGUCCAAAAAUCAAAUAUUGCCUGCUAGAAAAGAGAAACGUUGUUUAAUGCUGUGAGUUAAUUUUUCGUUUCUGACUGACAGUCGAUGCCGUCGUACCUUUUCUUUUUUCUAGCGAAUCUUUCAGACCGACCGAUAUUCGAUUAUAGAUUAAUAAAUGAUAACGUAAACUUUAAUCUCUGUGAAAUAGUGCGUACAAUUAACUUACAGUCAUUCAAAGAAACACGAGAACUAUAAUAAUAAACACAAUGAAAUGUUACGAUGAUAGAUUUUACGUAAAACACGUUUAAGCCUUGCUUGUUGAAAUUUUCGUCGAAUAUAUUAUAUAUUUUAUACAUCGAAUUUUAAUUUUUGCCUAAACGAAUUAUGUAUCGAUGAAAAGUGAGUUAUAAGUUGAUAAAACGUAUUAUUUAAUUGUUGCAUCGAUAAGUUUUAAUCGUAUACAAUAAUAUACAGUGUCCAUCCAAAAGCAGCCAGCCAGAAAGGAUUUAAGGACAAUAUACGAGUUAAAAUAGUAUGAGUUGGAGCGUGUGAAUGAAACGGGAAGAAUCGAAUUUUCAUGAAUCGAUGUAUAAUAUCAAUUUUAUCGAAUGAUAGAAGAGAAAACUUGUAAAGGGAAAGCACAACGAUUGCUGAAUAUUGAUAAUUUUAAUCGAAAUGAAAAAAAGAGAAAAAAAGCUACGAACGAUACACUUAAAUAAGUAAGUAAGUAAGUAAGUAAGUAAGUAAGUGAGUAAGUAAGUAACUUACGUGUAACGAAGUAAGUGAGAUCGAAAUAAGCGCCAAAUUAAGGGGAAAAAAAUGAUAAAUCUGCCGUGUCAUCAAGAUCCCAUUCAUAAUCAUAAGAUUUAAUAAAUAUUUGUUACAAUCACAAACUUUAUUCUUAACGACGUAAAUGAGAGACAGUCACUUUAACUGUAUCAACUCAUUCACUCACACAUCAUGUAUCAACAUGUAUUUUUUUAUAAAUCGGAUAUGAAAUAAAUUCAAGCUUUUACGAAAUUGUUGCAACUGUUACCGUAUUCCCAUUGUUACCAUUUGAAUGACAAAUUGACGUUAUUGUAAUAAAGAUGUUCAAAAAUAUCAUUA